UCUUCGUCCCGUCAGCUCGCGAGUCGAACAGCAAUCUGUUUUCGCCUGAACUUUUUUUUUCUAUUAUUGGAGGGUAUCAUCGGUAGCAAAUCCUGAUCGGAACACCGGAACCACCACCUAACAACCAGAGAGUGCUCGCGGCGGUCCUCACAACAUGGAAGCGCUGGUCGAGAACGCGGCCAGCCCGGCGGCGCGAUUCUACUGCCACUCUUGCUCGGUGGAAAUCGAUCGUGUUUCGUCGGAUUUCACCUGUCCACACUGCUCGCAAGGUUUCAUCGAGGAGCUACCGGCGGUUAACAAUCCGCCCUCGCCACCGCCGGUUCCGCCCGAGCAGGAUUCGAACGAUUUUAUCAAUCCACAGGCAAUAAGACUAGCUAGCGAGAUCUUUAGCAACAGUAUUCUGUCGCCGUUGCUGCUUUCGACCAGUGGUCCACGGGACUCGGAUUCGGACGGGGCCGUUUCGUUGGGCGAUGUCGUGGGAGGAGAUGCGGGCGGUGGAGGUCCUACGGCGGUGCGGGUUCUGGGCCGGCACCGCAAUCGUGGCCGUCGUGGCAUUCAGAACGUCAACAACUUGGACAAUAUUCUGCGCGAGAUACUGAUAUCGGUAGCGGACGGCGCAAACGGUGGUGUUGGAGGGACGCCAAUGUUCUUCAUGGGAAAUCCGGCGGACUACGCGUGGGGCCGGGAGGGACUGGACACGAUCGUGACACAGCUGCUCAACCAAAUGGACAACACCGGUCCGCCACCGCUGGAGAAGGAGAAGAUUGCCGAAAUUCCCAAGGUCACGAUCAGCGCCGAACAGGUCGACAUGAAGCUGCAGUGUUCCGUGUGCUGGGAGGACUUCCAGAUCGACGAAGUGGUCCGGAAGCUGACCUGUGCGCACGUUUACCACGAGACUUGCAUCAUCCCCUGGCUGGAGCUGCACGGAACGUGCCCAAUCUGCCGCAAGAGUCUGGCCCCGGAGCAGCAACCGGACGAGCAGCGAGGACUGGCCGCCGCUGCCAACGCCGUGGCCAACACGCUGAGAUCUCUUCACUCCGAUGCGUUCCCCGGCGCCGGCGCGAGCCAGUCGUCCUCGUCGUCCGUGGACGAGGGUGGCCCCUCCACGUCUAGUCUACACAUUGAUUUCAGAGAGCCACUGCUUUCGUUUACAGCGCGUGCGGCGGCCGGCGAUUCCAACGGUCCGACGCCGGCCGGCUCGACUUCCGGUGGCGGGACGGCGUCGUCCAGCAGUAAUAGCGGAACGGGAGGUGGCGGAGCUGCGGGAUCGUCAAACAGCAGGUAUCGGGAUGACGAUGGCAACAUCGAUUACGAGUUUGACUAGGGAUCCGGAUUCGGCACGAAGCUGUGUGUGUGCGCGCGCUUGUGAGUAAACCAAAAAAAAAAAACAUUUAAUUCCUUUUGAUUUUAUUCUUUAACUUUGCAUCGGAUUGAAACGUAUCUGCCCACACACUCUAUUUGAAGUUGUUUUGUUGUUUUAUUUAAUCGUGCCUAUUCUGUUUCAACAUUCAACUAGGAAAUCUAAAAAUAAAUCAACACCGAAAUGCCGCUUCUCACGAUUGUCACGAUUAGUUCUUUAUCAUCUGAGUUGAACCGCAACAAGAAGAAAAAAAGCUUGCACCCAACACAAUUCUUUGAUUAUUCCACACACACGAUGGCUGGUCUAUCCUUAAGAACUGUGCUAUAGUAGAAUAUUGCAGAGGAAAAGUAAGUAAUUAAAACUAAACUAUGUACUAAGAAUAAGUGAAAUGUGCGCAUAUGAGAAAGAAAAAACCCCUAAAUUUUCAGAUAUUAAACUAUUGACAAACAACAAAACAAUAGUCACCAGAAACAAAUCUUCUAAAUAUUGCUUUUAUUAUUGUGUAACAUUCGCUAAAUAUUCCCACAUUUUGAUUUAUUAACCUUCGACCGCGAUUCAACCGAACUAUUAUUUUUUAUCUGUGGGAAUCCGUGCUUUUGAGAAGAAAACAAACAAAUAUCCCAAAUUUGGCAAAGAAAAGAGGAAGCAAAAAUAUUGAUAAGCAAAAAAAAAAAAGCAUGCGACGAGUGAUGGUGAGUGCAAGCAAAGUCAGCUACAAAAGAAGCAAGAAAUGAUAACGCAUAUUUUUAUGGUUAAGUACUACAACACGUGACUAAACAAACAAACAAACAAACACACCUUUGAGGAUGGUAUAAGAAAGAAGGAAGAAAAAAAUACAAACUUGCAAAGAUAGGAAACUAAUAAAUAAGAUAAAAAGUUUUGGAGGGAACCAA